AUGAGGAUUUGGCUCCUCCUAUGGCUGGUCUUAAUACUCGCGCAAACCAACCCAUUCGGCAUAGGCAGGAUUUUGGUUUCGGGGCAGUGUCUUGCCGGCGAUCAGAAAUCGCUGCUGCUGGAAUUGAAGAAUAGCCUCAACUUCAAUGCUUCUUUGUCCUCGAAAUUGGUCAGAUGGCCACAGAGCAAUGAUUCUUGGGAUGGCGUGACCUGCGAAGACGGCCAAGUUACGGGUCUUGAUCUGAGCAACGAGGGUAUUGCUGGUGGACUUAACGACCCAUCGGCUCUUUUCAGACUCAAGGAUCUUCAGAGGCUGAAUUUGGCCUUCAACCGCUUCCAGUUUUUGGAGAUCCCAUCUGGGUUCGGUAAUCUUACCAAUUUGGUGUACCUGAAUCUUUCAAAUGCGGGCUUCACAGGACAGAUUCCCAUUGGAAUAUCACGUUUGACAAGGUUGGUUACUCUUGAUGUAUCCAUGCUUUAUUUUCCCGGGCUCACUUCACUGAAAGUGGAGAAUCCGAAUCUAAAGAUGCUUGUGGAGAAUCUUAGCGAGCUGAGAGAGCUGCACCUUGACGGAGUGAACGUGUCUGCUACAGGCAAUGAAUGGUGCAAUGCCCUGUCUUCUUCACUGCCGAAACUUCAAGUGUUGAGCAUGAUAAAUUGUAAUCUAUCAGGUCCCAUUGAGACUUGCUCUUCCCUCGUGAAUCUUCAUUCUCUGUCAGUGAUUAAACUGGACGGCAAUCAUCUGUCUACCACCGUCCCGGAGUUCUUUGCCCUCUUCGGCAAUUUAAGAACUCUGCAUCUCAGUUCUUGUGGCCUGCACGGAGUAUUCCCUCAAAAAAUCUUCCAGGUACAAACACUUCAGACCCUUGACCUAUCAGUCAACCAACUUCUUCAGGUUUCUUUGCCAGAAUUUCCAGAAAAUGGUUCUAUUCAGACACUGGUUCUUAGUUUCACAAAUAUUUCUGGGAGGCUCCCAUAUUCAAUCGGUAAUCUCAGAAAUCUGUCAACAAUAGCAUUGGUGAAUUGCAGCUUGGGUGGAAAUAUCCCAAGCUCUUUCACCAAUCUUUUGCGACUGACUUUUUUAGACUUGUCAUUGAAUAAUUUUACUGGUUUAAUUCCAUCACUCACCAAGUCCAAGAAUCUGACACAAAUCACUUUGUCCCACAAUAAGCUAACCGGUCCGAUUAAUUCGACACAGUGGGAAUCCCUGUUGACUCUUCUUAAUAUCGACCUGGGAUACAAUUCACUUGAAGGAAAUAUUCCUUCGUCUCUGUUUGCACUUCCAUCAAUUCAGAAGCUUCAACUUUCCAACAACCAAUUUUCUGGUCAACUGAUAGGAUCUUUUAACGCUACAUUGCACAUGCUGGAUACAGUCGAUCUGAGCAACAACAAUAUAGGAGGAGAACUACCGAUGUUUAUAUGGAAACUCCGAGGGCUCAAGUACCUCUCACUUUCUUCCAAUAAUUUCAGUGGCUCAUUCCAUAUUGAUUUGGUUCGACAGCUGAGAAAUCUUUCUUAUUUGGAUCUUUCCUACAAUCAUUUUUCCAUUGACGCCACAAAUACCACUUCCCAGGCGUCUUCAUUCCCUGAACUUACAACUUUAAAGUUGGCUUCUUGCCAGUUGACCAUUUUGCCUAAGUUCCUGGCUGAGCAACAAAAAUUGAGAUUUCUAGACCUCUCUGACAAUCAAAUUCAGGGCAAGAUACCGACAUGGAUAUGGGAGCUUCAAAAUCUUCUGUAUCUCAAUCUUUCAUCUAAUUUUCUGGACAAUAUUGAAACACCAUCUAAUCUUACAUCUAAUCUAUCAGUUCUUGACCUCCAUGGUAACAUGCUUGGUGGACAAAUUUUGCCACUGCCACCAUUGGCCACAUACAUGGACUUCUCGAGCAACAACUUCGCUUUAGACAUUCCACAUGCUAUUGGUAUGAACCUUUCUGUGGCAAUAUAUUUCUCCCUGUCUAAAAACAAGUUCCAGGGGUUUAUCCCAGAAUCAAUUUGCCAAGCUGAAUAUCUUGAGGUACUUGACCUAUCUCAUAAUAAUUUGACGGGAAAUAUUCCUGAUUGCUUAGUGAUGGAGUCUCUCAAGGUGUUAAACCUGAGAAAUAAUGCCUUGGAUGGGAGCAUUUUCAAUAUCACCAAAACAUGUGGUUUGAAGACUUUGGAUCUGAGCUAUAAUCUAUUACAAGGGGAGCUCCCAAAGUCAUUGGCAAAUUGCACAAAUCUGGAGGUUUUAGACAUUGGAAACAACCAGAUUGAUGAUGUGUUUCCAUGUCAACUGAGGAGCAUUGCAAGUAUACGUGUCCUUGUUUUACGAUUCAACAAGUUCCAUGGACACCUUGGAUGUCCAGAGCCUCAUGGCACUUGGAAGAUGCUUCAAAUUGUAGACAUAUCUUCCAACAAUUUCAAUGGCACUCUGCCUGCUAAAGGCCUCACAACUUGGGAGGCUAUGAAGUUUAAUGUAGACAUUAAUCAUAUCCAAUAUCAAUUUCUUCGCUUGAGUGGACUCUAUUAUCAGGACACAGUAAGCGUCACCCUCAAAGGUCUGCAAGUGGAACUGGUGAAGAUCUUGACUCUUUUCACUUCAAUUGACUUCUCAUGCAACAAUUUUGAAGGUCGAAUACCUGAUACUCUAGGGGAUCUCAAAGCGCUUUAUCUCCUCAACUUAUCGAGGAAUGCAUUAUCGGAGCCAAUUCCUUCAUCCCUAGCAAACUUGCCACAGCUUGAGUCCUUGGACCUUUCACGGAACAACCUCAAUGGGACGAUUCCCCCACAGCUUUCAGAUCUUACUUUUCUUUCCUUCCUGAACCUCUCAUACAAUAAACUUGUGGGAAGCAUCCCAGAGAUCAAGCAAUUUCUCACCUUUUCAGCAAGUUCCUUCGAAGGCAAUAGCGGAUUGUGUGGAGUACAGCUGGGAAUAAAUUGCUCAAAUAUCAACACCACUAAGCAUGGUUCUGAUGGUGGGGAAAGCAUUAAUUUUCAGUUCAUUCUUGUCGGUUUGGGUUUCGUGGCAGGUGCUGCAGUGGUUGUUGCACCUCUUACCUUUUGGAAGACAGGCCAAGAAUGGUAUGACGAUCUUGUGGAUAAGAUCCUCGAGGCGGUUCAAUGUCUAAUCAUUUAUGCUCUAAUUUUUGUGCGAAUAAUCUUUAGACCUAAGGCACGGUAUUGACUUGUGUUUUGGAUAGCUAUGGUUCACAAAUGCAUAUAGUGAUGCUUCGUUGAACCUCUUUAUACUUGAUAGUUAUAGUUUAUUUACAUACAAAGGCACACAUGUAAGCAAUAUGGAAUUUGUCUUCUUAUUAUAUAAAAGGUACAAUAAUUAUGUCCUAUAUUAUUUAA